AUGGAAAACUCAGAUUCCAAUAAUAAAAGAAGUGGGUCUACAGUCCAGCCCAGAAGUCAGAUGGGCCAACUGGCUUGGCAAGAAGCUUUCUCUAGAUUUGUAAAUAACCUAAGUGAAGAAGAUUACAGGCUUAUGAGAGAGAACGAUUUGUUUGGCACCCUGGGUGAAAGUACUGAAGAAGAGUUGCUGAGAAGACUACAAGUUAAAGAGGACAUGCCACCACAAAAUUCAGGUAAAAAUAAUAGAGGAGACUCUUCAGAUGAUGUGUCUAAUGAUGACUCUCUGAUAGAAUGGCUUAUGUCUUUUGAAGAAAACGAAGAUAUGACAGGAAGUAGGCAAAGCGAAAACCAAACUUGGAGAGCAAUGAGCCCGACUAAUCCAAACAAUGGUGAUUUCAAAUUCAAUUUAGAGAUGAAUUCUAACCUUAAUCAUGGGAACUUGAAUCCAGAAAAUGAGUAUGCAUCAUCUGCAAGACAUUUCAGGGGUGAAUAUAUGGAAAACAGCCAAAGGCAAGUAGAAAAUCCACCAUCUGAAUUAACAUACGCAAGGCAAUCAACAUCAGAACGAAGUACAACUGAAGCAUUUACAGAAGUCCCACCUACCAGAGGUCAGAAAAGAGCAAGAAUUAGGAGCCCAACCCAUUGGAGAACUAGAUUGAGUGUUGAAAGUAGUUCACCUCUGAAUCUAAUGAGUGAUGUUUCACCAAGACCUCAUCAUAGUAUCACACCUCAUGCUUUUGAGCAUCCUCUGAUAAAUGAGACUGAGAGGUUUUCUAGAACCUGGCACCACGAGUCACUGAGACAGCAGAUGCAGAUAACUGGGCCUGAGUUGCCAAUGUGGAGUCUUUUGGCAACUUCUGGAACAAGGACUGUCUCUCAAGGGGCAAGUUCUCCAGAAACAACCAGCAGUGAUGAAUCUGAACAGAGAAAGUCAACCAUACUUUUUGAUCCUGAAGUAGAACGAGUUCAUCCUGGAGAAUACUGGCAGAGAGACUCCAUAACUAGUAGAGCUCACUUAAUGUCUCCAACACCAUACAAUGCAAUCACUCAUGAAAGUGAACAAAGAAGUUUUAGGCAUAUAUUGUCACAUCCUGAACUGGCAGAUGCAAGAUCUUAUGUCAAUACCACCAGAAUGCCCAUUCAUAGAUGUUUAAAUACUGGUUUAUGUAAUACUACAUCUGGUGCAACUCACAGCACAUUAAGGCACAUGAUGACAGAAUUUGAUGAUUCCCACUACUUUAUGUACAGUGAUAGUGAUUUAGAGCCUCAUGGCUUAGCCACAAGUGAAAAUAUAGAAAGAUCAGAGUUACAGAAUGGAAGAGAUGGUUCUGAUAUUAGUAGCCAUUCUCGUUCCAAUUCAAAUCCUAGAUUUGAUUCCAGUUCAGGUUCCCUUUUAAAUUCCAGUUCAAGCUCUAGUUACAGUUCUAGUUCAAGUAGUAGUCUUAUUUCCAGCUCCAGCUCCAGCUCCAGUUCUGGUUCCAGCUGUGAAAGUUCAGGAACAAGAUCAGAAAUGUUUGAAGGUAGUAAUGAAAGAAGUUCAUCAUCAGGCACAUCAUCAGUGGACAGCCAAGAAGAUCAACAUGUUGCCCCAGUAACAUCCGAUGACAGUGACUCUUGGCCCUUUAAUCUGGUUCAGUAUUUCCUUUUAAAUGAAGAUGAGAAUGACCUACCUAUAGGCCUCAGCAAAGAACAGAUCAGCAACUUGGCAAUAAGAAGCUGUGAAGCAAAUGAUGUAUUAAAAGCCUGUAUCAUUUGCAUCACAGAAUACACAGAAGGCAAUAAGAUCCGUGUACUACCUUGUUCCCAUGAAUAUCACGUUCACUGCAUUGAUCAUUGGCUGUCUGAGAACUCUACUUGUCCUAUUUGUCGCUGUAAAGUCACAGAUUCUGGUAACAGAGAAAACUUUGAGAUCUGA